GACCAGACAGACGAUUCAACACAAUGUCCUCCCCCCUCUGAGAUUUUUUUUCUCUUUUUUUCUCCGUGUAACGUUACAGUCGGUCGUCGCCUCCGUGAAAUUCGCCGUAACGUUUCGCUUUACACAGCAGCGGCGGCGGCUCUCGAUUCUGCGUUCCUGUGAUGGCGGACCGCGGGCUCGGCAGGACGCGCCGCCCCACGCAGAGCCCCGCAAACUGCCGAGCGGCGCCCUUACGGGCUCUUUCGGUCAGCCCUAUUUAAAAAAAAAAAGAGGGGGGGAGGAAAAAAAAGAGAAAAAAGAAAAAGCCCAGAGCGCACAGCCCCGGGACGCUGCGGAGAAACGGCACGACGCCGCUUAGGAUGAAACAUCCCCAGUGCCGGAGUGAGGCACUGGGAGCGCUUCUGGAAAUAGGGGCGACGCUGGCUGCCUUCCCAGGUUUACCGGCGGAGGCUCGUUGCUGUCCGGCCACUUUACCCGCAUGAGCCGCAUCGUUCCGGGAGAUUCCUGUUACUGGCAGUGAAGAAAGUACGAAGUGAAUGACAAGACCAGUUGAAGACGGCAGUCUGCGUUUCACAAGACAAACCUUUUUAAGAGUUGCAGAUGGCAGACCCCGAGACAGCCAAAAGUACUCAGGAUGGUCCCGGAGCCGGACAUGACCAGAGCGACCCGGCAGGACCCCAGACCAGAACCUCCCCGUCCACCGUGAAGCAGGAGCCAGAGGUCUCCGGCGCCGCCGCUGCCAGCAAUGGGAAAGUGGGGGACAGCAGCGGGCCUGCGGAGAUCUGUGUGGUCAUCGGGGGGUCCCGCAACGCGCAAGCACAGGGCUCCUACGUUUGUGGCAUCUGUGGCAAGAAAUACAAGUACUACAACUGCUUUCAGACGCAUGUCCGGGCGCAUAGAGAGUCAGAGGGUGGAUCUGGAGAAGGAGGAUCGCAGGCAGUGAACUGCAGGUGGGCAGACAGACAGCACGGUCUCUCCGCUUGUGUUCCUGCAGACAGCUUCCGCUACACCUGCGACAUCUGCGGCAAGAACUACAAGUACUACAGCUGCUUCCAGGAACACCGCGACCUCCAUGCCGUUGAUGCAGAUUUGAAGACCAGUAGAAACCACCAUUUUAAAGAUCCCUAUGACCAGGUGGUCAUACCUGUGGACGACCAGAAGGAUGAGGAGCAGAUGGAACCCUUCCAGAAGAUUGGGCCCAAGACCGGCAGCUACGUUUGCGAGUUCUGCGGAAAGCAAUACAAGUACUUCAACCCAUACCAGGAGCACGUGGCGCUGCACACGCCCAUUGGUCGGUCCUUGCAGUCGGCACCGGCCCGUUCACAGCAGCGUUCGGUCGACUCUGCCAAAUUCAGCGCCUCUAAAUCGGAGCCCGUGCAAAUAGAGGGCGCCACCUGCCGUAAGCGGGAGGGGAAGAUGCAGGCAAGCCAAGGCGACACCAACAGCUCGCAGAACUCCAGCGGAACGGCAAGCCCACAGGUGUCUGGCUCUUUCCCCACCGUGCAGAAACCCUACACAUGUGGAGCCUGUGGCAUCCAGUUCCAGUUCUACAACAACCUGCUGGAGCACAUGCAGUCGCACGCUGCGGAUAACGAAAACCACACCAAAGUGGAGUCCCCCAAAACGUCGCCGGCCCCCACGCCGCAGGAGCAGGUGUGGAAGCCGCUGAUCCAGGCACAGAGGAACCACAACACUAGCAUGAACAGCGGCCUCCCGGAGAAGGAGCGCCAGCAGGUGGCAGAGCGGCUGCUGCGUGUCAUGUGUGCCGACCCGGGGCUGCUGGGUGUGCUCGGUGGCAAGGACUUCCUGAAGCUGGCGCAAACGCUGGUGGAUAGCGGGGCGCGACAUGGUGCCUACUCGGUGCGGGAGGGCCUAGGGGACAUGGGUUCGCUGGCGCUGCGCCAGCUUCCGCGCACCUACAACCAGGUGAAGGUGAAGGUGACUUGCGCGCUGGGCUCCAGCGCCUCCCUGGGCAUCGCUGUCACCUGCCACUCUCAGACGGUGGGCGGCGCCGGCUCCUGCUACGUGCUCUCCGCCUACCAGGUAGAGGGCGUGCGGCUGCGGCGCUACGUGCUCGGCGUCAAGGAGGUGGAUCUCCGUGAGCCUGGCGAGCAGGUGCACCACUGGGUGCAGAACGUGCUCUCGGAGUUCGUCAUGUCGGACGUGCGCGCCGUCUACGUGACGGAGCCGCGGGCAGCGGCAGCGGCGGCUUUCUGUGGCCGGGUGGGGGCCUGUCUGCGCUGUGCCGGCUGCUCGCUGGGCGCCGUGGCGCAGGCCGUACUGGGCAAGCGCAGCCUGCAGACGCGCGGCCUCCACGAGCUGGCUGAGCUGCUGGCCGCCUGCCGGGACAUCGCCGGGGCGGCCGGGGUGCCCUGGGACGCUGGUGUCGGGGGGCCUGAGGAGCCCUCGCCACAGGCCCCACCCCCACCCUGCUGGGAUCGUACCACGGAGGCCCUGCUAAAGGUGCACCAGCGCUUCGACCAGAUCUGCGAGGUUUAUGGGCGCAGCAAGAGCACGGCUCCCCUCCUGCAGAGCCUCAACAAGCACCUGCUGGCCACGCUGGCCUCACUGCUGGCACCGCUGCGGCAGGCAGCCGUGGAGCUGAGCUCGGAGCGCCGGCCCACCCUGCAGAUGGUGCUGCCCGCCUACCUGCGCCUGGAGAAACUUUUCACCUCCAAGGCAGGCGAGGCGGGCGCCGGGAGCAAGCUCUGCCACUACUUCCUGGAGGCACUGAAGGAGAAUUUCAAGGUGGAACGUGUCCACCAGGUGGCGAUGGUGCUGGACCCCCAGCUGAAGCUGCGGCCCGUGCCGGCCUAUCAGCACGAGGAGAUCAUCGGGAAGGUGUGUGAGGCGGCCGCAGAGAUGAAGGAGGGCCCAGGUGGCGGCGGGGGAGUGCAGGGGGAGGACUGCGACAGUGGGGGGCCCGAGGGUCCCCCAGGGGCCAAACGGUGCCGUGCCGAAGGUGGAGACAGCCGCGGCUCCUGCACCUCAGACCAGCAGCAGGUGCGCAAGGAGGUGUUCCAGUACUUGGCGGAACCGCUGUUCCACGCCACGCCCGACCUCUUCCAGUACUGGAGCUCCGUGAUGGAGAAGUACCCGCGGCUGGCACGCCUGGCGCUCUGGCUGCUGGCUGUGCCCGCAGUAGGCGUGCGUGGCGAGUGCGCCGGUGUGUGCGAGCAGGCACUGGCUCUGAAGAGGAGGCAGCAGGUCACGGCCGAGGAGAUGAACAAGCUUAUCUUCCUGCGCUCCAAUAUGUCCUGAAGGACCACGGCGAACCAAAUAUCCUCAGUCCUGCUUUUAACCAGAGCCCUGCGUGAGGGACCCGCUUAAAGUUAUUUUGUUCUCUGAAGUGUAUUUUAGGAAGCCUUUAAGAAAAAAGUAGGUUUUUUGUGUGUGUAGAGUACACUGUCUGCAGUGAUAUGAUUUAGUACUUUUUCUUUUUCUACUCUGAGAUGUAUGGAAGACGGAAGUUCAUUUGUAAACAUGUGAUUACGCGCCCUGUCCCUGUACGAAAAAACAACAAAACCCUGCGGCUCAUCCUAACAGAAAUGCAUCAUGAACUCUACCUGGCAAAACCGUUUAUCCUCAAUGCUCCUGCUAAAAUCCUGUUGCAAACUGGCCGAUCGAUCCCUACUUCUGCUAAAGGGGGCUUUGGGGGUGGCAAAGCAGCCCUUCCCCCGUGCACAGCAGGGGUCUGCACGCCGAUUUCUGUGUGUGCGCGUCGGCGAUGGCCUGGGACUGUCAACAUACAUCUACUGUCAAGACAUGACCUCUGCUCUAUAAUGCCGUAAGGACAACACAAACACUUUCACUGGUGCUACGGAGUAUGGCCGUUUUGGAGUAGAUCUGCAUGAUUCCAGGAUUAUUUAUUAUUUUGUUACAGAUGACAUUUUAAGUAAUGCCUUCUCUAUUGUCAAAGUGGCCUUCUGUGUUUUUCCUUUUCUGUACUCCUGUUUUUAAUUUUUUUUUAAUGAGACUACAGCUCGUGGUAAAUCACAAAAGACACUAUUAAUUCAGGAAAGUUUAAUUAUUUAACCUCGUCCAGUUUUACUCUUCUCUCCUCCCUACUUAUAAAGAUAAACGCAUCUGAAAGGUCUGCACCCAGAAUAGGUUUGGUAAUUCCCCACAACCCGCUGGGUAGCUCUGCACGCCCAGGUUUGUUCUGUGACCUGUUUGAUGGCGUCCCGCAUAGCGCCGUCUGUGGACCUGCUUUCGAAGCCUCACUGGCAGUGUUGCUCGCAAACAAUGUGGAAGUUCAAUUUUAAUUUUUAUACCGUUGUUGUCAUUGACCUAAUUUCUCAGUCUUCCUUUGGUCUUGUGAGCUCUGUGUAAAAGCUACAGAUCAGUACAGCCCAGUGGUGAAGCUCUUUUGCCCUUUUCCGCAGACUUGUAUAAUAGUAAAUAUUCCAAAGACAUUUAGAAAUGGCCAGUUUUGUUGGUUUUACACUGGAUGCUGUUUCUAAGACCUGAAUCUCAUCUGUGCUACAGCUACGCUUCAGCCGUGUUUCAUGUCCCUUAAAUUUCCAGUCCGCUGCUUAUUUAUUGACUGUUUUGUUUCCCAGAUUAUUCACUUUCCACUACUGCAGUCUUAUGGGUCAAAACUAAUUGGGUCAACGGUGUGCAAAUCUGUACUCUUUACACUCCGCGCAGGCAGGUGUGUGGCCUGCAUUUCUCCUGCGCCUCUUUGCCCAGCUGUCAACAUCAGGAAAUGAGAUUAGAGCCCAAAGUAAGUGAGUUGGCGUUUUAGAAUGUUGUUUGUUCUGGUUUUACACUUUGAAAUGCAAGUUUUCCAUUAGUUUAAUUAUGAAUACCUUGAAAGAGGGCACCCCAUUCAGGACUAUGUAUGUGUUUGACAGAACCGCAGAGCGCAUCCAACAGAUUGCACAAACUAUGAUCACUUUUCCCAUAUUGUAAUUAUUUGAUUGUUUGAUUUAAUUUAAAUAUUUGUAUUCUUUAGAAGCCUUAUCCUACAUGUGAGUUUGAGCAGUUGGAUCUCCAGUUCUCUUGCAGCUUAAGCUCAUGUGCAGUUAAACCAUCUUGUUGGAUCUAAUGGUCAUUAAUCUCUGCUCCUCCUGUCACCUGGAGCGCACAUUGCACUGGGAGGUACGGCUUAACAAGUGGAAAGUCCAGCAAAGACCCAGAAAGAGCUCGACUUUCACAGUUUGAAAAUCCUGAUUUCGUUAAAUGAAUCAGUCCAUGCCUGUAAAUUCAAUUCGAGAGCAAGCCGUUAUACUUUUAGCACUGAUCUUAUCUGUACUAAAACUUCAGAGGCAGCCGUUGUUUUCAGAAAUCAGUCGCUUUAUUCAUUAUAACAAUUGUAACAGGACGCUUAGUUCGUCACUCGAGUGCAUUUUCAUUUUACAUCGAGACAAGGAUUUGAGUAAAUUAAACUUUUACUGAAAGUACACUUGAGUUAUACUAAGACCUAAUGAUGGUCUGUGUACCAGACUAAAAAGUGGCAAAUGCAGUAGCAAUUGUGUCCAAUACCCAUAUAUUUAGAUUGCAGAUUGAAAUAAUCGCAGGAAAAACAUCUGUACUGUAUUUGCAAAUAUUUUCAGUCACAAAAGGGCCGCUGGAUGCUUUGUACAGUGGCUCACUAGUGCCCAAACUGCUUUUGUUGACUCAUCUGCAAGCUGCAAUAGCCUGAGGAAAGAGAUUCUUUGUUAGAUGAACAUGCAGCAGAGCUGUAAGGCUACUUUGCCCUGUGCAUCGUUACAGAGAUCCGGGAGGUGAAAUCUGGGCCUGAAAUUGCCCUAAAUGUUUCCGAUUUAGUGACUUUACUAGUGCAUUUCAGUUUACUCAGCUGAACUUUAAAUUUUUUGUCUCGCUGUUGAAUGCUUAUGCUGGUUUUCUGCUUGGCAAAUGCAUAGUUUUGUAUAUUGACUAGAAGUUUUGUUAUUCUGUGUUUGAAACGGCUGUGGUGGAAUGGUUGUUACCCAAAGGUUUUAGACUUUGGAUGUCAAUGACGGUAAAAAAUUGCAAAAACCCUACUUUCGGAAAGCGUUAAAGCAUUUCUCCUAAAAUUGUUAGUAUUUGUAUUGCCUAUCCAGGCUUUUUUAAUCGAGUUGUAACUAUUACGAAAAUGUGCAUGCUGUUAAUGUAGAACAGUGAAGAUGACAUGAGAAUAAAGGUAAACUGAUUUUGUUUGCAUAUAUAGUAAAUUAAAUUUUUGGGGAGUUUCUAAGCAACUGUACAAAAACUGCUGUUUAAAUCCACUAGAGGGCGUACAUGUUCAGAGUAUGAGAGGGACACCUGUAGUUUUGAAAUGAACGUUUUUAAUAAAUUAUUUAAUCAAUGACAUCAUAGAUACAGUCCUAGAGUAAUGUUCUGAGAUUAAGUUCUUAUGUAUUUUUAUGCCUAUGUUAGAGACUUAUUGCUGAAUAGAUUUUUUUUUUUUGCUCUUUUUAACCUUUUUUUGGGUGGAAAAAUGGAUAAAUUGUAAAUAUAAAAGUACAAUAUGAAUGCUCUGAUGCUGUAGUUUUCUGUCAAAACAUCAGUUAAAUUCAGAUAUUUCCUUGUUUGGUUCAUUUAUUUAUGGAUUACAUACAUUGUUUUAUUUGUCAGAAUGCUGAACUUCUUGAAUGCAGUUUUAUUUUUUCCUCCCAAGAUUUUGACAGUUUCCCAUGAGUUUUUGUUUGUCUAAUCAGUAGACCUAAUUUAUACUUUUUUAGCUACACUAUUUUUAUAUAUUGCUGAUUAUAGCAUUCAGUGUGUCUCGUUUCUGAAUGUCCACAGCACUGUAAAAUGUACUUCAAAUAUGUUAUCCACUGUAGUAUGUGCUGUGUAAAUAAAACUAGCUCAAUCUGA